AGGAUGAGGAACUGAGCAGACGGUGGAACGCUAAAGAAAUCCAUUCGUGCUUCCCACACUGGCACCACUCUGAUUAUGACCAAUCCCCUGAUCUUCUCACAAUUAGGGAGGGGUUGAAACCCAAACCAAAAAAGAACGUGGUGGGUAAUUCUUUGGGACAACUGUUGUGUAAAGGGAACGUUUCCCCUUAAAAAGUUUAGCUAAGCGGAUUUGGUAUUCAGCCCAUAGAGAGCGCUAUUACCCUCAAUUGUACAAUAUGGGACAAGACCUACAAACCCAAAGAAUGAAGAGCUUGGUGUGUUUGUAUAUGCUCCUAUUUUUCUCAACUUCAGCUCUUCCCCUGCCUCUGGCCAUCAGGGGGCGCUGCAACCAAACAACUGUUCUUCCGGGAGAGUGGGAAUGCGUCUCAUGAAUCUUGUCCAGCUCUGGGCCCCGUAGCAAGGGGCCGAGGCUGCAGGAACGGAAUUUCUGCUCUCGCGAGUACGCUUAAGCCCUGCCCCCCCAGUUCCCGCUUCUCCGGCCCUCCCUCCCCGCCUGCGAGAACGCUCAGGCCCCUCCGGGAGGCUCGCGGCAGGUGGCGCUGUCUGCGGCGUCGCAGCGGCCCCUGCUGCCGCGGCGACGAUUUCCCGGCGGGCAGUGCGGCCCGGCUCUUCGGCGGCAGCGAGUGCCACGUCCUAAGUGCUACGCUGAGGAGCGGAGCGGACGGUGCGAGGUGGGCGGAGAACAGCCCGGGACCCGGCUUGGCCACACCGAUCGCCCGCCGCCAUGGGCUCCUCGCAGAGCGUCGAGAUCCCAGGCGGGGGCACGGAAGGCUACCACGUCCUGCGGGUACAAGAAAAUUCCCCAGGACAUAGAGCCGGACUGGAGCCUUUCUUUGAUUUUAUUGUUUCUAUUAACGGUUCCAGAUUGAAUAAAGACAAUGACACUCUUAAGGAUCUACUGAAAGCAAAUGUUGAAAAGCCUGUAAAAAUGCUUAUCUAUAGCAGCAAAACACUGGAGCUGCGAGAGACCUCAGUCACACCAAGUAACAUGUGGGGUGGCCAAGGCUUAUUGGGUGUGAGCAUUCGUUUCUGCAGCUUUGACGGGGCAAAUGAAAAUGUGUGGCAUGUGUUGGAAGUGGAGUCAAAUUCUCCUGCAGCACUGGCAGGUCUUAGACCUCAUAGUGAUUAUAUCAUUGGAGCAGAUACAGUCAUGAAUGAGUCUGAAGACCUAUUCAGCCUUAUUGAAACACAUGAAGCAAAACAACUGAAACUUUAUGUGUACAACACAGACACUGAUAACUGUCGAGAAGUGAUAAUUACACCAAAUUCUGCAUGGGGCGGAGAAGGCAGCUUAGGAUGUGGCAUUGGGUAUGGUUAUUUACAUCGAAUACCUACACGCCCAUUUGAAGAAGGAAAGAAAAUUUCUCUUCCGGGACAAAUGACACCUAUUACUCCUCUUAAAGAUGGAUUUACAGAGGUCCAGCUGUCUUCAGUUAAUCCCCCAUCUUUGUCACCACCAGGAACUACAGGGAUCGAACAGGGUCUGUCUGGACUUUCCAUUAGCUCAACUCCACCAGCUGUCAGUAAUGUUCUCAGUACAGGUGUACCAACAGUACCAUUAUUGCCACCAGUAAAUCAGUCCCUCACUUCUGUGCCACCAAUGAACCCAACUACUACAUUACCAGGUCUGAUGCCUUUACCAGCAGGACUGCCUAACCUCCCCAACCUCCCCAACCUCCACCUCAACCUCCCUGCACCACACAUCAUGCCAGGGGUUGGCUUAUCAGAACUCAUGAACGCGGGUUUGCCACCUCUUGCUUCCUUGCCUCCCCGCAACUUACCUGGCAUUGCACCUCUCCCGGUGUCAUCUGAGUUCCUCCCGUCAUUCCCUCUGGUUCCUGAGGGCUCUCCUGCAGCAAGCUCAGUGGAGCUGCUGUCUUCCCUCCCACCCACCAGCAGCCCACCCUCCGACCCUGUCACAACUACUGCAAAGGCAGACGCCGCCACCUCACUCACUGUGGAUAUGACGCCUCCCAGUUCCAAGAUCCUCACCACUGUUGAGGACAGAGUCAGCGACUCCGCUUCAGCCAGCGAGAAACCUGUUUCUGCAGCUAUGGAUGCAAAUGCUUCUGAGUCACCUUAACCUUGAACCAUUCUUUGGAAUUGGCGUGGUAUAUUCAUUUAAACCACGGAGCGUGUCUGCAAAUGCAAACUACCAUUAAUUUCAUACUAGUUUGUACCCUAUCUGUAGGCAUCCUGUAAAUAAUUCUAGGGGGAAACUAAGCAAGAGGAAAUGGGCUUAUAUCCUGCCAAGUUGGGGUAGGGCUCACAGGCCAGGGAGGGAAAUGUCAGAAAGUGCUUGUAUUUUAAACAACCAAAAAGAAUUGUAAGGGUGGCUUGCUGCCAAGCUUUCACUGCCAUUCUUGGGGUGUACCUCUUUGGGAAAGGUGGUAGCAGGGCAUCUGCUGGGUUCCCUGUCCCCCUGCUGCUCCUUCUGUAAGAAAAUGAAAUAUUUUAUGCCUACUAUUCACAUGUAACAUUUCUUGUACUUUGUAAAUCAUUUGCAAGAAUGCAGGCCACCUCACUAAAUCAUAAAAGGAAAAGAUAUUUUACUUUUGGUCUCUGCAAGUCACAUCUCUAUUGAGGUUUACACAAGAAUUCCAACUGAAGAUUUCUGUUAAAGUUACACAACAUGCAUUAUUAACUGAACAUCUUUUUAUUCAGCCUAUACACAGAUCCUUGUUUUUGAGCUCUCAAAUUAUUCAGACAACAUUUUGUAACUGCUGCUGUUGCUUUAUAUGUCCAUCAUAAAAUGGCAUUUGAAAUAAAGGAGACGUUGCACAGUUUUAAACCAGAAGGUGGCACUUUGUGGCUACUUACACUAUUGCUAUGCUGGGAAAGGAUAGAAACAGCAAUAAAUGACAGUCGUUUCACUUUUCUUCUUGUGUUAACAUUUAAAUUACAACUUUUCAUUGCCUUGUGUGUCCUAUUCCUCACUAGGAUGUCACGAUUCUUUAAAGUACUUUUCUCAUUUCAUUUCCUCCUAGGUCUUCUAAGAGAUAAUAAGUUCACUGGACCUGAUUUAUUGAGUGAAAUUAAAUGUUUAUUAUAUCCCCGUUUUUGAAAUAA